GACUCCCACCCCCACCAUACUCACACACACGCGUGCAAGUUGCGGUGCCGCCGUUGUAUUCGUACGGCUUUGCAUCUCGAGGUGCUCCCUGCCGCUACGCUAUCCUCUCAGAUUCGCCUCUCCGAUGGCAUCCCCAGAGUCGAAAUCGCCCGAACAGUCCGAGAAAAACCGGAAAUACGAUCGCCAGUUGAGAUUAUGGGGUGACCAUGGUCAAGCAAAUCUGGAGGCUGCUCAUGUCUGUCUCAUAAACGCUACCGGACUUGGCACAGAGGUACUGAAAUCACUGGUGCUUCCAGGUAUAGGAGCGUUUACCAUAGUCGACGGCAAGAAGAUCACCGACGAGGAUAUCGAAGCUAACUUUUUUUUAGAGGCGGACAGCGUUGGAAAGUCUAGAGCGCAAGUGGCUACUCAAAUGCUUUUAGAGCUGAAUCCAGACGUAACUGGGGAUUACAUCGACGAGGAGCCUGAACAAAUUUUAUCCAACAGCCCAGACUUUUUCAAUAGCUUCACCGUGGUUGUAGCGACUGCGCUGACUGAAAAAACGUUGAUUCUCCUGUCGAAAAGACUUUGGGAACUGAAUAUUCCUCUAUUAGUAUGUAGAAGCUUAGGCUUUAUCGCAUAUAUGCGGAUUCAAGUAAAGGAGCACACGGUUGUAGAAACCCAUCCGGAUAACGAAACGUCAGAUUUACGCCUAGACAGACCGUUUGAUAGCCUGAAGAAGCAUAUAGAUUCCAUAAAUCUAGAUGAAAUGAGCUUCAAAGAUCAUUGCCACGUACCGUACCUAAUUAUUUUGUACAAAUACCUAGAGAAAUGGAUUUCGGUGCACGGCGCUUUGCCGAAAACUUACAAAGAGAAGCAGCAGCUCAGGGACAUGAUAAAAACUGGCAUGAGACGCGAUGAACACGAUUCUUCUAAUAGUGAGGAAAAUUUCGAGGAAGCUAUGAAGGCUGUAAAUAAAUGUAUAAGAGUGAGCGAUAUUCCCGAUAGCGUUAUAAAUAUUUUAAACGACGAUCGUUGCGUCAAUCUGAGAGCGAAGAGCAGCUCUUUCUGGAUUAUUGCGAAAGCAGUCCGUGAUUUCAUCGAUAACGAAGGGCGAGGACUGCUACCACUUAAGGGUAAUCUACCCGACAUGACUGCGGAUACUGAGAAAUACAUUGCACUCCAACAAAUUUACCAUAAACAAGCAUCGGCAGAUGCGGAAGCAGUAUGGAGGCGCACUUUGCAAUUACUACGUCAACUAGGAAGAUCGUCAGACUCGAUUUCAGAAAAGGAGGUCAAGCUGUUUUGCAGGCAUGCCGCUAAUAUUUAUGUAGAAAAAGGCAGCUGCAUCGCGGACGAAUAUGAUCCCAAAGUUUUUGAUACUAAUAUUAUAGUUCAAAAUUUAGAGAAUCCAGAAAGUAUGAUGAUUUACUAUGUCAUGCUCCGGGGAGUAGAUAAAUUCCAGGCAGAGUAUAAUUCGUAUCCCGGCGAAUUUGAUGAUCAAGUGGAACCCGAUAUCGUGAAGCUUAAGACGUGCCUCACGAAACUGUUGAGCGAAUGGGGAUGCGGUCCGUUAGCCAAGGACGAUUACGUGCACGAGCUUUGUCGAUUCGGCGGCGCGGAAUUGCACUCCAUCUCGGCAUUUCUGGGCGGGCUUGCGGCGCAGGAAACCAUCAAGCUCAUCACGAACCAGUAUAAACCCGUUCACAAUACCUUCAUCUACGACGCCGCCACAUCGUACUCUGGAACGUUCUCCUUUUGAAGUCGCGAACUGUUAUGUGAAAAGAAAGAUCUAUGCUAAUUAAAGUGAUAAUACAAUCUUAUAGCUUAUAUUAAUUCUUCGUGAGUUCUUUAAUUGUUUCGAAUUAAGACGGAUGGCCUUUGUGAAUGUUAACGCUAUUUUCUCCGUCUGUUAUCCCAUUUAUUAUCUUUCAUGCGAUUCUAAAACAGAUUUAAAACACGCCAAAAUUUUUUCGUUCCAAAAAUAAGGAACGAAGGAAAUAUAUAACGAAAGAGAAACGAUUCUAAAAAUUAUUGUACUUUUCAAGAACAUAAAGCAUUUUUUUACAUUCA